UCUGACAUAUAGUCGCUCGUCAGCAGUCGCCGCGUUUACACAUUAGUCUAAUACGAUUUUAAAAAUUAAAUAGAACAGGAAAUUAAAUUUUAUAUUUAGCAAUGCGUUCCCUUUGGCUGCUGCUCUGCUUGGGGCUGCUGGCACUGUCCCAAGUACGUGCCGACGACACGUCUGAUGACAUAUUUGGCCUCGAGGAUAUAGCCAAUUUUGAUGAGGACGACGAGGAGUUCUUGCGUUUGCUGGAGGAGAAGAACCAGGCUAAGGAUGUGGAACGUGAGAAUGAGCUGAUUAGCAAAUUGGCCGAAGUGGCUGAAAACCAGCAGAAUCAGCUGAACAACCCAGUCAUUGAAGUCGAUCCGUGCGAUCGCAUGCACUGCGGAGCUGGUCGCGUUUGCCAGAUGGCCGAUGACAAGCCCGAGUGUGUCUGCAUUCCCGAGUGCCCAGAAGAGUCGGACGUACGCCGCCAUGUAUGCACCAACAAGAACGAGACCUGGCCGUCCGAUUGUGCAGUCUACCAGCAGCGUUGUCUGUGCGACACCAAGGCUGCCGGUUGCCGCGAUCCGGACAACACCCAUUUACACAUUGAUUACUACGGCACCUGCCACGAGGCGCGCGAUUGUCCCGAAGAGGACAUGAAGGACUUCCCACGCCGCAUGCGCGACUGGUUGUUUAACGUGAUGCGCGAUCUGGCCGAGCGCGACGAGCUCACCGAACAUUAUAUGCAAAUGGAACUGGAGGCCGAGACUGACAAUACGCGUCGCUGGGCCAACGCUGCUGUCUGGAAAUGGUGCGAUUUAGAUGGUGAUACCGACCGUUCGGUCUCACGCCACGAGUUGUUCCCCAUUCGGGCGCCAUUAGUCAGUCUGGAGCACUGCAUUGCGCCCUUCCUAGAGUCGUGCGAUGCGAACAAGGAUCACCGCAUCACACUCGUGGAGUGGGGUGCCUGUCUGGAGCUGAAGGAAGAGGUACUGAAGGAACGCUGUGAUGAUGUGCAGAACGCUGUCCCUCACCUUUUGGGCUAAGCGGAGAUUUCGAGAGCCGUCGUCAUAACUUUCGAACAAUACUCCAAUUUGUAUAAUCAAUCUUUACAAUAUUUUCUGCUUAAUGAUGUAAAUUACAUUUUAAUGAUUGCUUCAAUAAAUUUUGUACAAUAAUAAA